AUGAGUGCCAUAAAGUUUAACAAAAGACUCUUCAAUAAAAAUAAACGUUUUGCUGCCGCUAGUCGGCUAACAAAUGUUUUUUCAAAUAGUCAUCUUACUUAUGUCGUUAAUUCUCGAAGUUCAAAUAUAAAUGAUGAUGAUGAACGUCAACAAUUAAUUGUAAGAUCACCACCAAGUGAAAUAUCAAGAAGAGAAUUUGCUCAUGUUCAUAAUUUUCAUGGUUCUAGAGUAAAGGUUCGAUCAAAAAGUUCUACAUUAAGAAAUCGAACAUCGUCAAAUAAUUAUAAUAAUCAACAUGGGAAUGGAAUCUUCAAUGUUAAUCAGAGUCAACAAAGAAAUCCUAAUAGGGAACCUCGUAAUUUGUUAGGAAAUCAACAAUACAGGUAUAUUCGUAUGAUGGGACAGAGAGCAUCAAUGGAAGAUCAAGAAGGGCAAAGAAUGGAUAAUGAUCAAGACGGUCGUUUAGAAGAAGUUGCAGAUCGUUUCUUAAACGGAUACUUAGAAAAUCGACCAAUGUCACAUCACAGAUUCGCACAAGUACGUGAAAGUUUUCUUGAACUUACUUCAAGACAUAAUACCAGUCAUAGAGGACCAAUUAUAAGAAGCCGUACAAAGGCCAAACGUGACAACAGAACACGAUCGCCAUCUUUUUUAAAUGAAAGUGAAGAAUUUUAUCAUGCAGAUGAAUGUUGUCCAAAAAAAUUUGAAAUAAUUAUGGAUUCUGAACCAGUUGAACAAAAAGUUAUGGAAGAACAUGCUUGGAAUCCAAAUGAUCGAUCAUUAAAUAUUUUUGUUAAAGAAGAUGAUCCUUUAACGUUACAUAGACAUCCCGUUGCUCAGAGUACAGAUUGUAUUCGUGGCAAAGUCGGUUACAGUCAUGGAUUUCAUGUUUGGAAAAUUACCUGGCCACGUAGACAACGUGGUACACAUGCUGUUAUUGGUGUUGCUACUAAAGAAGCACGUCUUCAUGCUGUUGGUUAUACUUCUUUAAUUGGUUCAACUUCAGACAGUUAUGGUUGGGAUAUCGUUCGCUUGAAGUGCAGUCAUGACGCUAGACAUAAAGAACAAUGGGACUAUCCUAACAAUGAAUAUAUACCAAACGGUCUCUUUGGAGAUACACAAGAAGUACCAGAAUCUAUAUAUUGUAUUUUAGAUAUGGAUGAAGGAUAUAUGGCUUUUGCUACAGAUGAUAAUUAUUUAGGUGUUGCUUUUAGAGGCUUAAGAGGAAAAACAUUGUAUCCAAUUGUAAGUGCAGUUUGGGGUCAUUGUGAAAUAACUAUUGGAUAUAUGGGUGGUUUCCCACCUGAAGCACCGUCAUUAAUGUCAACUUGCAGACGUGUUAUUCGUUCUCACCUUGGCAGAAGAAAUAUCAAAAAUAUUUAUGAUCUAAAUUUGUCAAAAUGUUGUAUUGAUUAUUUGUUGUACAAGUAG